AUGACCGAGCUAGUUAAAGAGAAACAAAGUCCUCCCACAGACGUGCAAUCUGUCGAAAGUCUCAAGGAAAUUCAGUUCAACGGGAAAGAAAUCAAACUCGACGAUGGAGACGAAAUCAUCAAGUUAGGGUUGGCCCAUGAAGAAGUCACCAUGACGCGCGAAAGAGAACGCCAGUUGGUCCACAAAAUCGACUUGUACAUGCUUCCUCUUAUGUGUAUGGUGUAUUGUUUCCAGUUUAUGGAUAAGUUGUCCAAUUCGUUUGCUUCGAUUCUCGGGUUGAGAACGGACCUUCAUAUGGUGGGUCAGGAAUACUCCUGGACCGGAUCCGCCUUCUACUUGGGGUAUAUGGUAUUUGAGUUGCCUGCCUCUAUGCUCUUGCAUAGAUUUCCAGUUGCGAAAACAGUGGGAACUUUUAUUAUUGUGUGGGGAGUAGUACUUGCGUUACAUGCCACCCCCAAUAACGCUGCCGGUUUCUUGGCCUUGAGAACCAUAUUGGGGGCUCUUGAAAGUUCGGUGACUCCAGCGUUUACCUUCAUCACCUCCCAAUGGUACACUAUAGACCAGACAUUUUUGCGUAUCACCAUCUGGUUCGCAUUCAACGGGUUGGGUAAUAUCAUAGGCUCCUUGACUGCGUACGGCCUUGCGGUUCACUCAGACAGCCUUUCGCUUGCACCAUGGAAGUAUGUGUUUAUUAUCACUGGAAUUUUGACAGUGGCACUUGGAGUGGCAGUCUUGGCCCAUUUACCUGACUCUCCAGCCACCGCCUGGUUCUUGACCGAUGAAGAUAAGAUGUUGGUGGUCCACAGGAACAGGAAAAAUCACCAAGGGUUCGGAAACAAGCACCUCAAGAAGCUGCAGGUCAUCGAGGCAUUAACGGACUACAAAACCUGGUUGUUAUUUGCGUUUGUGCUUCUUGGAAACGUUCCUAAUGGAGGAAUCACGAACUUUGGUAGUAUCGUCCUUACCGAACAGCUUGGAUACACAGUCAACCAGACAUUACUCUACCAGACUAUCAGUGGGGCGGUGGAACUUGUGGGAUGUAUUUUAAUUGCGUCCUUGUCUCAUUUCUACAACUCUCGUCUCGUAUGGGGCAUAAUUUCCCAGUGCAUCGGCUCGGCUGGUGUUCUUAUGUUAUGCUUGGGGUCCGAAAAACAUAUGCGGUUUGCAGGCUACAACAUGAACUUUGUGUCUCCCGUGUCGUUUGUGUGUGUGUUGAGUUGUGUGGCUUCUAAUGUGUUGGGAACCACCAAAAAGUAUACCGUCAAUGUUAUUGUGUUGAUUGGUUACUGUGUGGGAAACUUGAGCGGAAGUGCAGUCUUCAAGGCCAGUGAGACUCCCGUGUACGGCACCGCCAAAAAAUCACUUGCUGUUUGCCUGGCGCUUCAACUUGUGAUGUUGAUAGUGAUCUGGGUUGCUUAUUACACAGAAAACAAAAUCAGAGACAGAAAACCUGAACCCGAGAAGAUAGAAAACAUCGAGUUUCUUGACUUGACUGAUGGACAAAAUCCAUUCUUCCGGUACUCAUUUUAG